GGGGGUUUCUUCUCUUCCUUCUUUAAUUCAAACAUUGAGGAACGUUUCUUCUGAAGUUGUCCCGCUCACACUGUUAGAAUACAAACAGAAGCUUCCUUUUUCUUCCACCAGGAGAUUGAUUUUGUCAUGUUCUGCCCGAGUCUUCGUCAGGACAUCAGAACGCUCAGCUGGGGAUUUUAUUGCCAUUUUGUUAGCGGUUUGAACAAUGUUCUUAAGAACGGGAAACAUUUUCUUACAUCUCGGCUUUGAUCUGCAGCCUCCUACGAUUGUUUCCCACAGGCUCUGCAGUGUUCGUAAGAGACGAGACAAUAAGCUGCUCUGUUGUUUCACAUUCAGUCACAUGCAGCCUGACUGUAAAAGCAGUUAGCCCAAACUAAUGUACACGACAAAAUUUGCAACCCAGUUGUGUUGCGCUUGCACCGCAUUGAUGUUUAAACAUGCUAAAGCCGGUGUGUGCGUGUUUCUCUCUCAUUCCAUGUCAGAUUGCAUUUUAUUGAGUCCAUUUCAGAGGGUUUUACAUCUGCAACCAGUAUCUUCUUACGUGUACAGGACAAACUGUUUAGUUUUCUGUCCUCUGGCAUUGAUAUAUCUCAGAAUACAACACAAAGGAUACAAAAACAGAUAUGAAAGAAGUAAUUUUUCUGCUGUAAUAUAAAUAUCCUGUCUACAUUUAAUGACCUCUCUUGUGGUUUGUAAUUUGGGGAAGUGUCUGAAAAUGGCUUCAUCUAAACAAAGCCAUCUCUGCCUCUGCUGCCUAUUGGCAUGGUGGCGGGAUCACAAAGGGGGAGGUCCAAACAAUCCCCCUCUCCUUUUUGCAUCAGAAGAUGUGUGCUCCUCUAAGUGGAAAGUGUUUGUGAACAAGCUCUGAGCCCUGAGCCAGAGCAGUCAGCUCCAAUUAUCAGGUGCUUUGAGCAGCCUCUGUCCCAACCGGACUCCAAGAGGCCUCUCCAUCCCAGGCGCAGCCGGUGAAGGGGAACUCUCAUGGAUCUCUUGAGUGUGGAGACAAGAGAGGCAGGAAGAAGUAUGGAGGCGCCCACCUGCAUUUUGGAGCUGUUGGGGAUGCUGGUCUAUGUUGGGGCAUGGCUUUGCGCUUUGGCAAGCACUAUCCUACCGCAGUGGCUUACUAUGUCCACCUCUCUGCUGCCGAUAGAGAGCUACGAUCUGGGACUGUGGGAGACCUGUGUUGUUCAGGACAUUGGAGGCAUUGAGUGUAGGUCCUACGACAGCCUGUUGGGCCUUUCUAAUGACCUUAAACUGGCCCGCAUCUUGAUGUGCACUGCCCUCACUGUGGGUUUGCUGGGAAUUCUGGUGGCGAUACCUGGGCUUCACCUGAUUAAGAGCUGCAAAGACUAUGACGGCCAUCAAACCAAGAGGACUCUGACAAUCACAGGAGGGGUGCUGGGGAUGAUGUCUGGGGUGCUCUGUCUGGUCCCUGUGUCCUACAUCGCCCAUAUGGCGGUGGUGCAUUUCUUUGACGAGAAGGUACCUGAUGUGGUGCCUCGGUGGGAGUUUGGAGACGCCUUGUUCUGUGGCUGGGCAGCAGGAUUCCUCCUCGUGGUGGCCGGGCUGAUCAUGGUGACCUCCAGCCGAUGCUCCCAGGUGGAACGCCACCCUGUGCCACAGAGGAGGAGCCAAGCGAAGAGCACGGACCGUAACCGCAGAAAACACUCAGAGUAUGUUUAAUAAACAGAACAGCAUGAUUAUCUGUAGAGCUGCACUUCUCACUGCUUUGCAUCAAUGAUGGAAAUGAUUUAUAUAUAUAUAUAUAUAUAUAUAUAUAUAUAUUAAAUGCAAGAUAAUGUAUAAUGGCUAAUUUAGCCAAAAAAUGUGCUUUAAUUAUAUUGUUUUAGCUAUUUUAAAUGACUCACACACACAAUCAGACAUUGCAUUACAAGAUGACCUGCUGUGAUUAGUAUAAGUGAAUAUUUUUGUAAAGGGAGGUUUUAUAAAAUGCAUUGUAUUAUGGGAUGGUUAUCUUUUACCAUUACCAAAAUGAAAAAUAAACUAUUAAAAACUGUUA